GGCGAGACCGUCCCGUGUGUAGGAAGCGCCGGCAGCCGAUGCGAGGUGUGAACGAGAGCUCCGCCGUCUCUCGGGCUGCUGCAAGCGGACAGACCGCCCCGCACAAUGCCGUCUUUUGAUGAGCGUAGUUUUCCUUGGGCGAGCACCAGGCAACUUCUGGUGCCGGAUCCCCGGGGCAGCUGAAUUAAGCGAACGAUGUGGCUGGACACUGGAAGAGGAACGAAACUUCACUGUCCUUCCCCUGCACCUGGGGAACGAGUCCUUCAGCGGGGAGUGCCAGAGGCUGGAUGUCACUUGGGACACCUCUGCCAGCUGUGCCAGCCCGCUCGCCCGCUCUGGCAAUCGCAGCGCGGGCAACCUGCCGCUCGUCCCUUGCCACCGUAACUGGGUCUAUGAACAGCCCCACUCAUCCAUUGUCAGCGAGUAUGAUCUCGUGUGUGGCAAUGGCUGGAUGCUGGAUCUCUCACAAGCCAUCCUCAAUCUGGGGUUCCUGGCUGGAGCAUUCCUCUUGGGCUAUGCUGCUGACAGAUAUGGCAGAAUCCUCAUCUACCUGCUCUCCUGCCUUGGGGUUGGGAUAUGUGGUAUCAUAGUGGCAUUUUCACCAAAUUUUACUGUAUUUUUGAUCUUCCGUUUUCUCCAAGGCAUGUUUGGCAAGGGAACCUGGAUGACAUGCUACGUGAUUGUGACGGAGAUCGUUGGUUCCGAUCAGCGCAUUGUUGGAAUUGUGAUUCAGAUAUUCUUUACCUUGGGAAUUAUAAUUCUCCCUGGAAUUGCAUACUUGAUUCCCACCUGGCAGGGGAUCCAGCUGGCCAUUUCACUGCCCAACUUCCUCUUCCUGCUCUACUAUUGGGUGGUUCCUGAAUCUCCACGUUGGCUCCUGACACGCAAAAAGGGAGAGAAGGCAUUAAAGAUCAUGCGCAAUAUUGCAAAACACAAUGGGAAAUUUCUCUCACCACAUUACUCAGAGAUCACUAUUAGCAACGAGGAGGUCAGCAACCCCUCCUUUCUCGACCUGGUGAGGACUCCCCAGAUGAGGAGGAGCACACUCAUCCUGAUGUACGCCUGGUUCACAAGUGCCCUUAUCUACCAAGGGCUUGUCAUGCGCCUGGGAAUUAUUGGAGGAAACCUCUACCUAGACUUCUUCAUCUCAGGAGCUGUGGAGCUGCCUGCUGCUUUCCUAAUCAUAGUGACAAUUGAUCGCAUUGGCCGGCGCCUGCCCUUCGCCAUGAGCAACAUCGUGGCCAGCAUCACGUGUCUCAUCACUGCCUUCCUGCCAGAAGAUAUCCCAUGGCUCAAAACAACAGUUGCCACGCUGGGAAGACUGAGCAUCACAAUAGCUUUUGAAGUUGUCUACCUAGUGAACAGUGAAUUGUACCCUACAACACUGAGGAACUUUGGUGUUUCCCUGUGUUCAAGUCUGUGUGAUCUUGGUGGGAUCAUAGCCCCAUUCCUGCUUUUCCGACUAGCAGCCAUUUGGUUGGAGCUACCUCUAAUUAUUUUCAGUAUUCUUGCAGCUGUCUGUGGCCUCCUAGUAUUGCUUUUACCAGAGACAAAGGGAAUCUCAUUACCAGAGACAGUAGAGGAUGUGGAGCAGCUUCCAAGUCAUUUUGGAAAAUGUGGCAAGAAAGGGAAACAUCGGGACACCAGCUCUUAUAUUUGACUUUUGAAGGACAGCACUGAGCUAACAGCUUUGUUCCCAUACUGGGAAUUUGUUCUCUACCUGCCACCACUUCAAAAUUUGCUGCAGAAUAUGGAUUAAACUUCAUGUUCUCCUUCUAAGCACAAGGACAUUUAAUACAAGUAGUGUAUUUUUCUAUGAAUGUGGAAUAAAUACUUUUUUUUCUGAGUACACUGUUUGCAAGAAGAGACUAUGGUUCUUCAUAGAGAACAGAACAGCUUUAAAAGUAUGGAAUGUCCAGCCCAGUGACCUUGUAUUUAUUUCUUUAUCUAUUUGAGACAUUUGUUUAUUGUUUUGUUAGGAUUUACAUUUGUGUGGGAAGGAUUUCAAUGGUAGUACUUUUUUAAGAUUUAGAUGACCUUGAGGGGGAGAGGACGACUAUUUUAACCUGUCCUCCUUUGCCCCUGGAGUAUCUGGACCGACAGAAGUUAUGAUGGCUAAAGAAGUUGGGUACUGAUCAGGUGACUCUUUUCCUGGUUUAGAGGAAUGGAAGUCAGCAGUGUGCAUCAGAAGAACCUCUCUCUGGUCUGAUUGUCAUCCACAGGGACCCUUUUCAAAAAAGCCCUGUUCCCUCCUUGUUCAAUGGCUUUCUGAAAUGUGGAAGCAGUCUUCCUCACCUUUCCAGGGCUUUAUGUAGGUGUCAUAACCUGCACAGGGCAUUAGCUCUGCAGGACAGGUUGUCCUGCUGCCCCUUUCCCCAGGCACAGCUGGGGUUCAUGUAACCCCUCAUAUCCCCAAGGGAAGGGCUUCUGCCUGCUCUCCUCUCCUGAAUGCUUUUCCAAACACCUCUUUCAGGAGCAUACUGGUUUUUUGCUUUGUAAAUCAUGCUCUCUGCCCACCCCUAUGAACAGAAUUCCUUCACCCUCACCACUUCCAAGAUGACCUGCACUUUCUGUCUUCCGUUCAUUAUCACUGUCAUCUUUCUGUCUUGGGGAUAUUUUCUGGGGGUUGCUGACAGAGAUGCCAAGAUGUCUUGGGCAGGGAUGAGCCAGGGGCUUUGGCUAUGGAGGGAAGUGUUAGUUGGUCCUUUGAAGCUGACACGCAACAGAAUCAACUCUCUGGCUCUGCAAGCAGCUUCCAAGGACAGAGUGCCUUUCCUUCCUCCUGUAUGACCUUCGUCAAGAAUUGUGUCCUGGCCACUGACUGGUGAACAAUACACUUCUUGAAAAGAUGUGGCAUUCAAAAGGUAUCCUGUUACCAACAGAGAAAUACAUAAAAGAAAGCCAGUGAGAUGUUGUAAAGGGCCUUAUAAGCUCACUAAAAAGAAGCUUUUGGCACAAGCAAAUACAGGACUGAGUUUGGAAGGUUCAUGCCACAGAUCAGUAGCACUAUAUUACAGUCAGUGAAAAUGAAUGAUCACUGCUCCAGUCUCACCAUCCUAUGAGUGCAGGAGGAUUUCCUAUGGUGAGGAAUAUACUGUGCUUUCCAACAAUUCCCAACUUUCACUGCCUUUUCCCAGCAACCGCUCUUAUCAGCAUCCCUUCUGGAGGAAAACAGGACCUUUAACAAUAAUCCCAGCCUGAUGUUUGCACACUGUAGGCAGUUAGUGAUAAAGGCCUGUCUUUCAAGGCUGUUUCUAGCUUACUCAGAGGCAUGGUAAAGGUCAAAGGUAUGCUUAGGAAAAGUCAGUAAUGACUUAGAGAUACAAAUCUAAAUGAACAUCUCACAAUAUAGACAGCUAAACUAGAAGACACCACACAAAGCUGGAGCUACUGGUAUAAGGAGAAAACUCCUAGACCAAUACAAUUUUGUGUGGAUAGCUGAAUGCAAUAGUCCAAGGCUGGCUGGCAGAGACCAGCCCUGAACUGGGGGCUCUGGGCUUGCACUGGCUGGAUGUGUCUCAGUGCAGGGUGGAAAGCGCAGGCCCACAGCCACAAAACUCAGCCCAGCCAGCCCCUUCUGAAGGCACCUUGGAGGACCAGGGUGAAGUGAUGCCAUGUAAUGCUGGAUGAGCUGAACCACCCUCUUCCAUUUAGUGUUUCUUCUUUGUUUGAAUUUUUCUUUUUUUAAUUGGUGUCUUAAACACUUUAGCAGCUCGAGAAAGACUGCAGAGAUAUUUUAAAGCUACAACUUUCCAAAUAAAUGUGAAUAACUUUUGACAGCUUCCUCAGUUUGUGGACAACUAAAACACGUUGAGAAAUGAGAGAUUCAAAGACUUGUCUCCUCUUUUUAGAUUAUGCUUUGCUUUCAUAGCAUUAUGUGUUGCUCAAAAGAUAAUGUAAGUGAUAAAUUCUGGAGGAUAAAAUGGCUUGGGGCAGUGUCAGAAGUCUGAAUAUAUUAAUUUCUUAAACAUUUGUUUUAUGACGGGCAGCAGAAAAAAAGCCUAUGCAUGUGUUUUGACUUCUAAGCUAGAAGUGCUUAGAAGCUUCAGGUGGAGUUUGGUAUUUGGUAAUUGCUCCUGAGCCAACUCUUAUCCUUAACAGGGACUUUGUAAAUUGAUAAAUUCUUCCAUCUCUGUGAGACUUUGUGUUGCCUCCUGGAGGUGUGGUGGGUGUGUAGUGCAGUGUCUGACAAUGGUGGGGUUACACACUUGUGGGACAGAUGAGGUGGUGGUACCAGACAAAGAGCUUCAGUGAGGGAGAACCCCAGGCUACACCAUAUGCAUGGAGUGGGAUGUACCUGGGCAUGCAGACCACAGGACAGGCUGUUUGUUUUAAGAAAGAGUUAUUCUAAAUUCAUAUGUGCCUCAAACCCCUUAAUACUUACAGGGACAUCCCACAAGCUUCUCAGAAGCCACGGCAGUGUUCUCUUAAGAUGCAUGUGUUGACACCAGCCCACUCAGUAAGAGGCACCUCUUCAGUGAGGGCCUGAAGCUAUAAUUGUCAGCUAUAAUUGUCCUGCAUGUGCAUCCUCCAGAGGCACGGUGAGAGAUGUGAGGUACACAAGAGACAAAUGGUCACUGUACCAUCACCAAAGGCACGCGAACAAUGUGACCUCAGAAACCCAGCUGUGUUUUUGCUGCUGGCAAAGAGGUUUCUUGGACCAGCAAACAGAUGAAAAUGCUAUUUUGGGUCAAAUGUGCCACUGCCACCACACGGGCUAGGUUACUUUAUCCAGUGUGUGCAAAUGGUUACCACAAAAAGUAGAGAUUUUUAUUGCCACUGACAGUCUUGAAGGAGGAAAAGAUCACAACUGGCACUGUUUGAAGGGUUAUGAGGUGGGACUUUUGUGGCCUCUCAGGCAUAUCCAGGCAUUUCUAGCCAGUUUGGCAAGGAGAGCAGGGCCAAUGGUUUCUCUAGCUCCAAGCCAGGUAUUAAUCAUGACUUCAGGAGGUCGCAUCAGAAUAGCUUAACAAAUCAAAGUCCAAGCUGCAACACAGAAUUCCUGUUGUCAGGGAAGCAUUGUACAAACCUCUUGGCUGGCUAAAUGAUCAAAGGUGAUAUAUAAAGAAAAUAUGCAGGAGGGUAUUUGUGCUCAGUGAAUCCCUCUUACCAGAUGGGUGCUGUUUGCUUUAUCAGAGCUGCUCCUGCCCAGGAAGGCAAUGCCCUGAGAUUAUUUCAUCUCCCAGAAUCAGACUCCAGAUGUAGAAGCUUCAGAGAUCACCCUGCCACCUAACUGUGCUUACUAGCUCUCAUCUCUCUUUAAGGCAAUGGGAGAAAAAAACAAACCAAAACUCCUAGGAUGCAACACAACCCUUCUGCAUGUGCAAGCAUACAAAAAAAUUAAAGACAAUUUUAAAAUGUCAUGCAGCUUGGCUUGUCUGGGAGUGAGGAAAAUGGACAAGACAAAUCCCAGGAAGUAGCUGAGUUACUUGGAAUAGACUCAGCACACCCUGGGGAUGCCAGAAGGACCCCAUGCAGAGCUGGGGGUCUCCAGACGCCUGUGGGGAGCUCCCUGGCUUAUAUGCCAGAGAAGCAGGAUGUGAGCAGGAGUUUAUAGUCAGCAAUUGUUUCACUUUGGCAAGCAUGAGUCAAGCUUUCCCUGGGAAACAUUUCAAAAAGUUUAAGCUUACGCUCCCUAUAACCACAUAUGUACACAAUCUUCUUUUAGAGGAGAAAAAUGUACAUCUAACAAUUA